AUGCCUAGAUCUAAACGUUCGAAGCUCGUAACUCUCGCCCAAACUGACAAAAAGGGCAGAGAAAACAAAGAGAGAAUCUUCGAUGAGGUUAGAGAAGCUUUGGAUACAUUUCGGUUUGUGUGGGUAUUGCACCUUGAUGACGUGAGAACUCCUGUCCUACAGGAAAUAAGGUCCGCAUGGGUAGGUUCAAAGCUAAUCAUGGGCAAGCGCAAGGUGUUGCAGAAGUCUCUGGGCGAGAAAAGGGAGGAGGAGUACAAAGAAAACAUCUUCGCUCUUUCGAAGCUCUGUUCCGGUGUUACCGGCUUGCUGUUCACAGACGAGGAGCCUCAAGUCGUGCAGGAGUAUUUUAAAUCUUACGUCAGGGCCGACUACUCAAGACCAAAGUCUAAGGCCCCGCUAACGUUUGAGAUACCGGCAGGGAUUAUUUACUCGCGUGGGGGUCAGAUCCCUGCGGAAGACGACGUGCCCAUGGUCCACUCAUUGGAGCCAACAUUGAGAAACAAGUUUAUGAUUCCUACCAAGAUCAAGGCCGGAAAGAUCACGAUAGAAAGUCCUUACUUGGUGUGCACGGAAGGCGAAACCCUUGAUGUGCGUCAAGCUCUGAUCUUGAAGCAAUUCGGUGUAGCAGCGGCUGAAUUCAGGGUUAAGGUUGCCGCGUACUAUGACAAUGAAACAUCGUCAGUCGAGACGGUAAACAUCAACAUAGAAUCUGCAUAA